AUGUCUCUGUUUUCGGCGGCCACUACAGCCGUGGAGCGAACGGGCUAUGGCUCGCGCUACGACCACAUUUUCGACAUGUUCCAUCCCAUAGACGGCCGGAUUCCCGCAGUUUGCUACAAGCGGCUUUUGGAGACCAUCAACGUUUCGGGCGAAGACAAGGACCGGCUGGCGACGCUGGCAGGAUCGAUUCUGGAGGGCGGCGACGGCAGCGGAGGCAUUCUCACAUCGUCCUUCACUCGCGAGUCGUGGCGAGCAGCCCUGUUGCUGGCCAAUGUGGCGCAGGAUGGCCUGCCGUUCGACGACCCUUCGCAGCUCGUCAACGUGGACACUCUGACGCCAAUGGACUUUUCCGAGGAGGGCGAGCGGUCUAGCAUCAACUUUAGCGCCUCGACAACCGGUAGAUCACAGACGCCGCUGUUUGGAGAUGAUCUCGACGACCAUAGCAUCCAGAGCAGCAGAAGUGAGAGCAUCAUCCACAACAACGGACACAGCAGGGGCCACAGUGCUCUGGACUGGAACCCGGAGGAACAGGAGGCUCUACAACAGUCACAGCUGUCGCAAUCGCAGCUGUCCCGCUCUACAACCCCACCUCCUCUCAACCCCCAGGCCCUGGUUCCCGAGUCCGAGUCUGGAGUAUGGACUGCCCCUCCACGACCCGAUUUCGCACCCAACAAGGCCGACUCAGUGACACUGGCUAUUGUGCCCGAACGCGAGGGCAUGUUUUUGUUCCGUCACGUCAACUACUCAAUCUCUUCAGUGUCGGGAACAGACCGCAUCACGGUCAUCCGACGGUACUCGGACUUUUCCUGGCUGCAAGACUAUCUUCUGAAGAAGUACUGUUUUCGACAGGUGCCACUUUUGCCGCCCAAGCGACUGGCUGUCAACGGUCAUUAUCUGUCCUCCGACAACUACUUUUUGGAACGUCGACGACGAGGUCUGACUCGGUUCAUUAACCAAGUUCUUCGGCACCCCGUGCUGGGCCAGGAUGAGGCAGUGCGAACUUUUGUCACCCUGCGAAACGAUAUCAGCGGCUGGAAAAAGAGUGUGUUCAACACCGCCCGAGAAGAGUUCAACGGACGAACGAUUGAUCCAAAGUUUGUGCAACAGUGGGAUGAGCAGCAGGCGACUGCUCUAUGGGCCGGUCUCAUUGUUGAGCUGGACAGAUCGCACGACUCCGUGGUUCAGCUGUGUGUUCUUCUGGACCGAGUGGCUAAACGACAAGAGGCCCAGGCUGUUGACAGCGCCAAAAUCGCAUACAACCUUGGCGCAGCUCUUCCUCCCUCCGCCCGCGUGCUCUACUCUGUCGCCGAUGACGGGUGCGUCCAGCAGAUCACUCGGGGUCUCAGUCGGGCUUCGGCACGCAUUGAAACCGACUGCCAGCUUCAGCAGGACGAGGCACGAGGUUCGCAGGUGGGAGUGCUUGAAGAGGCCAAAAAGUACCGGGAGGCGCUGGGCUCGAUGCGGGAACUGUUUGACCGGUUGGAAAAGUACGGAGGCAACAACAUCCCGCUGCUGGAGAAGCGGAUCCAGCAGAACCAGGGCCGUGUGACUCUGGCCCGGCAGAGAAAGGCGCUCAUGUCGGAGAUUGAGAAGCUGGACCGCGCCAUCAAGAUGGACACCGAGAUGAUUGCGGCCCACAAGAACCGAACGUGGCUGAUCAGGGAGUGCAUUACGGAGGAGAUUGGCCUGUUCCAGAAGACGCAGUUGCAGAUAUCCAAGCUGCUGCAGGAGUUUUGCGUGGACAAGAUCAAGUACGCUGAGCUGUAUUCGGACAACUGGGGAGGGCUGGAUAAUGAUGUUAUGGAUUUGCCAGUCUAA